GCCUGCUGCCUGGGAGGAGGUAGGAAUUGCUGGAGCUGAAGGCAGUGCUCGCUGGCAUGGGCUGGGGGCGUUGGAUUUGGGGCCCUCGAUUAGGAGGGACCCAGUUGUGGUUUAAGCCACCCUGGAGAGGGCUAGUAAAUCCCCUUUCUGUUUUGUCUCCCUUUUUCCUCUGGCCAGCAAGCUGAGGCCGCCUCUGAGCGGGAAGGAAAAUCGCAACCUGCUGGCAGUGUGCUGCCAGAGUGUUUUGUCCCAUCCUUCCGAGGAGCGGAUGAAAAAGGGAAGGAAGAGUGUGAGGGCAGCUGUGAACAUGGAGCUUCUGCACAGGAGAGGCAUGGAAGAUCUGGGCCACCUCAUAGAAACCCUUCUGGAGGCUGAGGCGACCUCUGCCUGCUUUGACGACGUGGUCCACGUCCUGAAGGGCUGGCUCACCUCAGCCAAAGAAUGGGAGCGGGAGAGAGCCCUGCAGGUUUUCACCCACGUGCUGGGCGCUUGCAAGGAGCGAUGCGAGCUCAUGAGAGGAUGUCCCUACAAGCACUUCGGCUCCCUGGUGGGACUGCUGGGGUCUCUGACCAGCGACUGCCUGGCCACGUGCCGCCAGAGGGCAUGGGUCUGCCUUGGCUACCUUCUCCAAUUGCAAGCCAAGAGAAUGAAGGUGCCGCAGACAGAUGAGAUCUGGUGCCUUUGUGAGGAGCUGAACAGCCCGCACACCGAGACUUCGGCAGAGACCUGUACCGAAAUAACAAAGGCUGUUUGCAGAUGCAUCCCUGCAGCACAGGCUGUGGACUUUCUGACUGCCGUCCUGGGCAGCUUGCUGCAUGUCAUGCCCCCAUGUGCAAGAGCAGUGUGGAAGUGGGUGUUCGUCUUCCUGGUGGAAUGCAGAAAGGAAAUAGUCCAGGAGGUGCCAAAAAUCUUGGACACCCUUUACAGCUACAUGCAGCAGAGCACCCACAGGCCCUUCCUGCUCCAUGCAGUGUUUCUCCUCACCCGCUUUCACCAGGAGCCCGUAAUCAGCAGUCUCCUCCAGAAGAGUCUCUUCAUGGACAGUGACACGGUGGAGCUGUGGAGGAGCCUGGGGAGAAGCAUCCUUGGGAUUCGGAUCCUGAGGUGCUUAGCGGAGAAACUAAACAGAGCAGGAAACGACCGCCCGGGGACGGGCUCCUCCACUUGUGAGCGGCACGACCGUCAGACUGCUCUGGAGACUCUGACGAUCACCUGUGCCAUCUCCGAGGUGGUGCUUGCCCUGAGGAGCACGGAGGAGCUCAGGCAACUGCUUCCCCACCUCCUUCCCAGCCUCCUGAGGUGGGCCAGUGAAAUGCUGGGUGAGGAGAGGCUGCUUUUGCUCAUGAGCAGCUGGGGAGAACUGUUCCUCGAGUGCCAAAUGCACGUGGAGAAGCCGUGCAGGGUUUUCCUUUCAGCUCUAGAGUUGGUGCUGGGCAAAUGCAUGGCGCAGAAAUGGAUGCAGCUGCUCAGCAGCCGCCUGCGGCACCUUCUAGAAGACCUGGAGAGGCAACAGAGUGCCCUGGAGAUGGAGAACCGCCUCCUGAAAAAGGAAGGCUCUCCAGAAGCGCAGAAAGAUCGAACCGUAGCAUUUCCAGGCCGCGCCAGGCUGAACGGGGCUGCAGACAAGGAGGCCAUCGUCCUGGCAGCUAUGAGAAAACAACCGGCGGAGCUGCGAGCGCUCAUAGCUCGAUACAGCUAUGAUGCUUUCAAUGGUCCCAACGAGCGGCCUGAACUAGAGCUUCCUCUAGUUGCUGGACGAUACAUGUACAUCUUUGGAGACGUGGGUGAAGAUGGUUGCUGCUUCGUGGCCCCUGCCAUUACCCUGUCCCUGUGCUGGCCCACCCCGCUGCCCCACACAGGGUCCCACGGCCCUGCUGCGCGGGCACAGCAUGCCUGGGACAGGAACUCUGUUGGAGAGAUCAUUGGUGGCUCAGUGCUGGACAUUGCGCGUGUGCCGCCCACCGCCCUGGGUUGGGAAGGGCGAGCUCAGCACAGGACUGUGCUGAGACACUUGGGCAAUCUCACGGGCGAAGGGAGGGAAGCACUUGACUGUGCAUGA